AUGGGCAAGGAAUCGGAAGACCUCGAGAAAAACUCCUUUUCCGAAUACACGCAUCUCCGAAAUACUUCGAUCAAAACUCUGAGUUGGAAGGAUAUCACGGUCACAGUCAAUGACCGCCAUGAUGGUUCGCCCAAAGAGAUACUCUCGAGUAUAAGUGGCAUUGCCAGUGGAGGAGAUAUGGUAGCGAUUAUGGGACCAAGUGGUUCAGGCAAGACUACUCUUCUCAAUGUCCUUGCUCAUCGUGAAGCAUCACUUAAUGCCAACGUCCAAAAAUCCAUAAACCUCAACGGUUCCGAGACCUCAUUAGACGCAUUUCGCAAAACCAGCGCAUUCGUUGAACAAGAAGAUGCUCUCAUCGGGUCUUUGACUGUGUACGAGACGUUGAAUUUUGCAGCUCGAUUAUCACUGCCAGGCGGCGUCAGCAAAGCUGAAAGAAUGGCGACAAUCACGUCCCUGGUCGGCGCUCUCGGUUUAACCGAGCAAAAGAACACUUUGAUCGGGACACCCAUUCGGAAAGGCUUGUCUGGAGGCCAGAAGAGAAGGGUCAGCGUCGCAGCGCAUUUGAUAACCUCGCCGAAGAUACUAUUCCUAGAUGAACCAACAAGCGGAUUGGACUCGACCGCCAGCUUCGAGGUUAUGAAGUUCGUAAAGGGAAUCGCGAAGGAUUAUAACAUUAUCGUUAUCGCCUCCAUUCACCAGCCGUCUACUGCGACGUUCGAGCUCUUCGAUUCACUACUUCUGCUCUCGGGCGGUAAGACUGUUUAUAAUGGCCCCAUUGCACGCAUGGUGGAUUAUUUCGCCUCCCUUGGACAUGCAAUUCCGCUCUACACCAACCCAGCAGAGUAUGUGAUUCAGCUGGUCAACACUGACUUUUCGUACGGUCAAACAUCCGCACUUGAAGUUCUUUCCGAACUUCAGUCUUCGUGGUCAGCAUCCGUUCAAGCCUCAGAAGUCCAAAACGCGAUUGCCACGAGCCAGGCAUCCCAGGAUGGAAUACCCGAGCACAUCAGCGACGAAUCUAGCAAUCGUUUCCUGACUCCAGUGACGCUCAUCCAUCGCUCCUUUAUCAAAAGUUACCGGGAUAUCGUGGCCUAUGGCAUACGCAUUGCCAUGUAUCUUGGACUCGCAAUUAUGAUGGGUACGGUUUGGUUGCGACUGGAGCCAACCCAGGCCAACAUCGGCGCCUUCAUCAAUGCGAUUUUCUUCGGCGGAGCCUUCAUGUCCUUCAUGGCCGUCGCAUACAUCCCCGCAUUUCUGGAAGAUCUCCAAAUAUUCACACGAGAACGCGCGAACGGAUUGUAUGGCCCCACGGCAUUCAUGGUCGCGAAUUUCAUCAUUGGCAUACCCUAUCUCUUCGUGAUUGCGGUUCUUUUUUCAAUCGUCGCAUACUGGCUGUCGAACUUCCGCAGCACCGGCGAGGGAUUCUGGGUAUGGGUUAUUUGGCUGUUCCUCGAUCUGCUGGCUGCUGAGUCAUUGGUCGUGCUCCUGUCCUCGCUUGUGCCCAUAUUUGUUGUCGCAUUGGCAGCAACCGCAUUCGCUAAUGGCCUAUGGAUGUCCGUCAAUGGGUUUAUGGUCCAACCUGAGGCAUUGAAUGUGUUUUGGAGAUACGUGUUCCAUCCUAUCGACUACCAAGCCUAUGUUUUCAGAGGCAUGAUGGUGAAUGAGUUUGGAGGUCGAAAUUACAGCUGCGGGUCGGAUUGUCGCUGCAUUUACCCUAGCGCUCUGGAGGAUCAAUGUUUGAUCGACGGCAAUGCCGUUCUUCAUAACUACGGAUACAAAACUGGCGAUGUCGGGAAAUAUGUAGGAUACAUGCUAGUCAUUACCCUGGGUUAUAGGCUCCUGGGAUGGCUGGUGCUAUUCCUGAGGAAGCAUUAG